GUGGGCGGUGUGCCCGCUUCCAAGAUGGCGGCGGCGGUGUUCCGCGUGUUCGGCCGGGCGGGCUGGAGGCUCCUGCAGCUGCGAUGCCUGCCCGUGUCCCGCUGCCGACCAGCCCCGGUGCCACGUGCCUUCCAUGCUUCAGCUCUGCAGCUAAAGUCUUCAGAUGAGCAGAAGCAGCAACCUCCUCCCUCUUUUUCUCAGCAACAUUCUGAGUCACAGGGGGCAGCAGGACCCAAUUCAGAGUCUUCUCGUUCACCCCCCAGGUAUACGGAUCAGGGUGGCGAAGAGGAGGAGGACCACGAGAGUGAGGAGCAGCUGCAGCACCGCAUCCUGACGGCAGCCCUGGAGUUCGUGCCGGCCCACGGGUGGACAGCAGAAGCAAUCGCCGAAGGAGCCCAGUCUCUGGGGCUCUCCAGUGCGGCAGCCAGCAUGUUUGGCAGUGAUGGCAGCGAGCUGAUUCUGCAUUUUGUGACCCAGUGCAACACUCAACUCAGCCGCAUGUUGGAAGAGGAACAGAAGCUGGUACAGCUGGGCCAGGCAGAGAAGAAGAAGACAGACCAGUUCCUGAGGGACGCAGUGGAAACCAGGCUGAGAAUGCUGAUCCCGUACAUUGAGCACUGGCCCCGGGCCCUCGGCAUCCUCUUGCUCCCUCAGAACAUCCCGCCCAGCCUGAGUCUGCUCACCAGCAUGGUGGAUGACAUGUGGCAUUACGCUGGGGACCAGUCCACAGACUUUAACUGGUACACCCGCCGAGCUGUGCUGGCUGGCAUCUACAACACGACUGAGCUGGUGAUGAUGCAAGACUCCUCUCCAGACUUUGAGGACACUUGGCGCUUCCUGGAGAACCGGAUUAAUGAUGCCAUGAACAUGGGCCACACUGCCAAGCAGGUAAAGUCCACUGGAGAGGCAGUAGUGCAGGGACUCAUGGGUGCAGCAGUGACGCUCAAAAACUUGACAGGUCUCAACCAGCGCCGGUGAGCAGGAAGGAGUACAAUCUCAGGUGCCCAGAAGAAACCGCCCAUGGAUAGAUUUAAAGAGCUUUGAAAAGUGCCAUCCACGUAACAGGGUGUUAAUGAGAAGAUCCCAAAGGAAUCCUGAGUCACCAGAGCCACCUGGAUGCCACAGGGCAGGCAAUACCAUUCUAGCCUGGGAUUGGGCCACUUCGUCAGUUCCUAAUACCAGCCUGGCCUCCUAAUGCCUUUCUGCAUUGCAGCUGUGUGAUUGCAAAGAGGCUGUCAUCCAAGCAUUUGUUCAGCAGAAAGCCAGCCAGUCUCUGCCAUGGUCUCACAGACACCUUUGAUCAUGUCUUAACCUUCUUGGAAAUGCUCUCUGGAGCUCCCAAGUCAGGGUCUGAAGCCACCACAAGGUGGCAGCUCAUGCUUAGCACAGCACAGGCUGGGCACACUGGCUGUCUUUGAAGCUCCUUGCCUCUUCCCUGUCUGCCAUGCUGCUCCUGGGAACCCACUCAGAAAGCUGCCUUACCUGAGACAGGUACUUGCUGGACAGUGGUGCUCAGCCUGGCCAGGUGCGUGAGCCUGGGCCUGGAGUCCCCUCCACCAGCAUAUAUUGCAGGAUUAUUAGUGAACUGAGUCUAUAAAAAUAAUAAAUACGUUUGAAGCGGUUUGCUGUUGUGUGGUUAGUUUCCAUACAGACAGUGGCAAGUAUCUAAAACCUGAGGAAGACAGCAAGCUUGAGACUAGCAGCUGGCUCUGGUCCUGGUGCUACUGAGUACUUGUGGGCCUAUGGCAGCUCUGUUUCUGGACUCAAGUCUUCCCAUCAGUAAAAUGUGAGUGGCAAUGCCCUUCUACCUCACCAUUAAUGCCUUCAGCUGUCCUUGCUCAUCACCAACUGUUUUAGUGAUACAUUGUUUAGCUGUAAUAGUUUUCUUUGCCUUUACACUGGCUGAUCUCCCUUAACUCUUGUAUUCGUCUGCUCAACUGCUAGAACAAUAUGCCAUACUACAGGUGACUUAAACAAGUAUUUCUCACCAUUCGAACACCAGGGAGUCCAAGAUGAAGGUACUGCUCAGUGUGGCUCCAGGAAAGGUUUUCUAACCUAUCACCUUCUCCCUGUAUCCUCACCCAGCUGGAAGAGAGUGAGUCAGCGCGGGUGUCUCUUCCUGUGCUUAUAAGGACAUGAAUUCCAUCAGGCUCCUACUUCUGACAAUCUCCAAACUCCCCAAAUGGGGAGCUGCACUUCAUGUCAGCAGGACACUUUUCAAUCCAUAGCAUCUCUCUUCUGCUUUGCUCUCUCCCAUCUAAGUGGACUGAAUACUGAUGGGGGAAGACUAAGAGCUAGUAGGUGUUUGCAAUCUCUGUGGGCCUCCCACUGGCCCCUUUCUGCAGCUAAUUCUUUUUAUCUCUUGACGCCUUGUUAAGUUCCCUGCACUAGUUAUUUCCAGUUUUAUUCCAUUUUCUUUUUUAUCCUUCAUACCAUCCCUCUCACAGCAGACAACCUUAAUUCUUAAUUUCCUGAGAUGGCACAGGGUUGGCGAAGGG